AUGGAUUGGUUAUUUGGAACAUCUAUAGGGGACGAGUUGGAAGAUGAUAUUCCAGAGCAGUCUAACGGCGAAAGCAUUGCCGAGAAGUUUGUUGAAAAGAAGCCAAGGCGAAGCCACCGCCGGAAGACCAGAGAAAAUAGAUAUAGGUAUGUGGUAUGGGAUAUUCGAUCAGGAAGACAGAUCUCGCUCAUGUCAGAAGGUGGAGAAGAAACAGAGAAAGAGGUUGCUUGUUUGGUCGUCAUCGGUUUUGUUUGUAUUAUAUUGCAGGGUGUCUGGAAUAUUGCAACCAAGGCCCUUGAUUUCUUUGGAAAUUUUGAUAUUUCGGUGGGAAACACGCCAUAUCGGUGUGACGGAGGAGCAUAG